UACAAACUUUAAAAUUAGCUACCACGCCUCCGGAAAUCACCGACCACCAUGCUUGUAUUAAAUCUGUGCUACGCAAGGAUAUAAAUAUCUGCAUCUACACUGCCACUCCGUGUCAAAAAAUCAUGGUACCUAACACUUAUGAUCCUUUUCACCAAAUUAUCUUAAAAUAUAAUACCAAAAAAUUAGAAUUCUUAAAAGAAUUUUCUUCCCAAUAUGGGUACAAUGGAAAAAUUGAUUCUAUACGUGAGAACGAAUAUCCACAAUUAAAAGGAUCCGUUUAUCUUGAUCAUUCUGGUGCGACUGCAUAUGCAAAAAGUGUCUUAAAUUCCUUCACAAAUGAUCUUACAAAUAACCUUUUCGGCAAUCCCCACUCGUACAACCCAAGUUCCCAACUUACUUCUCAGCGAGUUGAACUAAUUCGAGCCCGUAUUCUGAGACAUUUUAAUGCAAAUCCCGGUGAAUAUCAAGUUAUAUUUACUCAAAACGCUAGUGCUGCAAUUAAAUUAGUUGGAGAAGCUUUCCCUUGGACUUUUGGACAAAGUUCCUUCAAAUAUUUGAGAGAAGCUCACAACAGUGUGAUAGGUUUAAGACGUUUUGCCGAAGAAAAUAAUUCUCCGGAUAUUCAAGCUGUAACUGAAGAUGAUCUAGAAACAACAUUUAAGAAUAUUCAAGAAUAUUCAAUUAAUGAAAAUUUAAAUCCUGGAAUAAAUUACAAAAUAAAUCACGAAAUAAACCACAACAUUGUGUAUAAUCUUUUCGCGUAUCCUGCACAAUGCAAUUUCUCUGGUCAAAGAUUUCCACUCACAUGGACAAAAAUGAUUAAAAAAUUAGAUUCUAAUAAAUCAAAGGUAUUAGUCUUGCUUGACGCUGCUGCUUACGUAGCAACUUCUCCAUUAUCAUUGGCAGAUAAGGAUAUAUCUCCAGACUUUGUUGCUAUUAGCUUUUAUAAAAUUUUUGGGUUUCCCACAGGUUUGGGUGCUUUAUUAGUAAAAACUGAAUUGACUCCUAUAUUAGAAAAGCGAUACUUUGGCGGAGGCACAGUUCGCGCAGUCGCUUAUGAUCGACCAUGGCAAGAAUUUCGAGAGAAUCUGAGUGAUCGUUAUGAAGAUGGGACUAUUAACUUUUUGGAGAUUAUAUCCCUAGAGCAUGCGUUCAAUUCGAUGGAACGAAUAUACACGGACUUUUGUUUUAUUAAGGAUCAUGUGACCGCUCUUAGUGCCUAUCUCUAUAGACAAAUGAAUUCACUUCGUCAUUGGAAUGGUUCCUCUGUGUGUGUCAUCCAUGCUGAUAAUGACUUCUCAGAUAGUUCUAUUCAGGGACCCGUCUUCAAUUUUAAUGUAAAGCGCGCUGAUGGUUCUUGGAUUGGGUACCUUGAAGUAGAAAAGUUGGCAAGCGUGAACGGGAUUCAUGUUAGAACUGGUGGUUUUUGUAAUCCUGGUUGUUUAUCAAGAUGGGUAAACGUUAAAACAGAUCAAGUUAUUGCUAAUUUUAAGACUGGAAAAGUAUGUGGUGAUGAUCAUGAUAUUUAUAACGGAAAGCCCACGGGUUCGAUACGUAUCUCUAUAGGUUCCAUGUCAGCUAUCGAUGACAUUCUUAUAUGGUUAGAUUUCUUCAAUACAUAUUUUGUGGAAUCAACCCCACCAUAUAAUGUGUCACAAAACAUGGUUUUUGACACCAGUAUAACUUAUUCAAAUCAAUCAAAUUUGGUUGUGGAAAGAAUAACUUUGUUUCCAAUUAAAUCAUGUCACGGGUUUACAAUGCCACCCUCAUCGUCUUGGCCAGUAACUAGUCAAGGACUAUUAUAUGACCGUGAAUGGAUGUUGGUAAAUUUAAGAACUGGAAAGGCAUUAAGUCAAAAAAUAUAUCCAAAGAUGACUUUAAUUCAUCCAGCCAUUUUUCAAGACAAAGAAUUGCUUGUUAUUUCGGCGCCUGGACAAGAACCUCUUCAAAUAAAGUUGAAUGAAUAUCCUAAUGACAUUGACUUUUCAAUGUGCCCAUCACAAGUUUGUGGUGACAAAAUUGAAGCACUUGUAUACACAUCUCCACAUAUUACAAAUUGGUUUACAAAUUUUCUUGGUAUACCAUGUCGCUUAGCUCGGCAACCACCUUUAAUCAAUAAUAGCAACGAUUUCAUUCAAUCUCGCCGAUUCAUAAAGCCGCAUCUUGACGUGCCAUUAAAAAAUGCACACCUUUCAUUAUCAAAUGAAUCACCAGCCAAUUUUUUAAUUAAAGCCAUGCAUGGAUAUGAAGAAGAUGAGUGGAAAAUGAUUAAGAUCGGUGGACAAUUGAUUGGUCCGUGUAGAAGGUGUCAUAUGGUCUGUAUAAAUCAUGAAACAGGCGAGAAAAUUAAAGAACCAUAUUCGACUCUAGCAAAAUAUCGUCGAUUUAAAGGUAAAAUAUAUUUUGGACAACAUAUGGUUCAUGUUGCUGAGCUAUCUGAUUCACCUUUUGAAAUUAAAAGUGGUGCAAAGAUUGAAAUAUUGGAAAAA